AUGGGUCGGGUCAGAAUAGUGACUAGUGAGAGAGCACUUGAAGUGAGAGAUUCGAGGAAAGUUGAGGAAAAUCGCAGAGAGAGAAUUGUAUCUGACUGUUCAUCAAUGGAGCCUGUCAUUAUCGGUGCGCUAAUUUUGGAUGUUCACGCCAAGCCUUCAUCCUCACCGAUCUCAGGAACCACCGUCCCUGGCCAGAUCUUAUUUGCACCUGGUGGUGUAGCAAGAAAUGUAGCUGAGUGCAUCUUCAAGCUCGGAGUUAGACCUUUUAUGAUUGGUACUUUGGGGAUCGAUGGUCCAGCCAAUGUAUUAUUGAAAGAGUGGAAGCUCUCCAUGGAAGGAAUCUUAAGACGUCAAGACAUCAGUACUCCCAUCGUAUCGCUUGUAUAUGACACUAAUGGAGAAGUUGCUGCUGGUGUCGCUGGUGUAGAUGCAGUUGAAAAGUUUCUGACACCUGAGUGGAUCCACCGGUUUGAAUACAAGAUAAGCUCUGCUCCUGUUCUUAUGGUAGAUGCAAAUCUCAGUACUCUUGCUUUGGAAGCAUCUUGCAAAUCGUUCUUUCUUCUUGAAGUGGCUGCAGAGUUCAAUGUUCCUGUAUGGUUCGAGCCAGUGUCGGUCACAAAGUCGCGGAGAAUCGCCUCAAUCGCCAAGUAUGUAACUGUAGUGUCACCAAACCAAGACGAGCUCAUAGCAAUGGCGAACAGUCUCUGCGCCAAGAAUAUGUUUCAGUCUCUUAAACCGGAAGAAGAUAAGCUUUCACAAGAAGAUAUGUUCCGCGUUCUAAAGCCAGCCAUUUUGGUUCUUCUUGAAAAUGGCAUUAAAGUAGUUAUCGUAACACUCGGCUCCAAUGGAGCUCUCUUAUGCUCCAAAGGAAACCCGAAAAAAGCGUUGAGGAUAAACCGAAAGUUUCCUAAAAGUGGAGAGAUCUUCAAACGAGUACAGUCCGUAUGUUCACCGAACCGGUUCUCUGAACCGGGUUCGAGUCUAUUCGCAAUGCAUUUCCCGACCGUCCCAGCCAAAGUCAAGAAGCUCACUGGUGCAGGCGAUUGUUUGGUAGGCGGUACAGUCGCGUCGCUGACCGAUGGUUUAGAUAUAAUCCAGAGUUUAGCGGUUGGCAUUGCCUCGGCUAAAGCAGCGGUUGAGUCAGAUGACAAUGUGCCUACCGAGUUCCGGUUGGAUCUAAUUUCUGAUGAUGCGGAGUUGGUUUACAGUGGCGCCAAGAUGUUGUUGGUUCAUCAUCAUCGGUCCAUGCUGUGAAGAAAUGAAUGAUUGAUCUUGUUGGUUCGUUUGCCAAAAUAGUCUUUUUUGCCUUUGGGCUUAGCAAAUUGUCUUUAUGUACAACAGUUUCUUCUGUAUUUGUUUUCUCCUCCUAUUAAGCAAUUUUCAUAUGAACCAACAAGAAACUCAUAUGAAAUGAAAACUUGAUAUAUAGGGUUCAAUGAAUUUUAAAAAUUUAAGAGCCUUAGUCUCUAUG